AUGUAUUUCAGAAAUGAAUACGAUCAGUAUGAAAUUGCCGGUCUAAUGUAUCAACCGGAUGAUAGAAUUGAAUUUACCAGAUAUUCAUCAGGUAUUCAUGGUUUUAGCAACAGUCCAUCAUGUGAACCAUUUAAAAAAGUGGAACGAGGUGUAGAAAAAAUGAGCAAUAUCAUUGAAGAAAUAAAUAAUAAAAAUUAUCUGGAAGAAGAAAUUAUUGAACGUCUUCUACAGUUAGCUACCGAUAAAUAUCAAUGUUUUCCCGAUGAUCAAUUAAAGCGACGAUGUGGUCGAUCUAAUGAGCUUUGUAAGUAUCGUACCGCCAUCUUUGUCAAAUAUCCUGAUGGGAUUCCUUACGGUACUAGGUCACAUACGAUUAUUAUUGUGGAUCGUAAUAAUCAGGCUACAUAUUAUGAAAAAUCAAUGAAAGUAGGAACGGGAAAAGCAAGUGAAGCCAUUUGGACCGAUCGCACAUUCCAUUUCGAACUCAUUUGA